CUCAUCAAGCUGAUUGUGGGUGUUGCUGUUCCCGUGCAUCUGUCUGGAAAGGUCCUAGUUUACGGUCAGAACUUACAAUUCCAAUACGCGUUGCCAGACAACGCGACCUUCUUCACGAACCUCUUCCAAGACUCGCAACGACGACGCCGACGCCGAAGCCCGAGCUGGAGCGAGAGAACGCCUAUCUACGAUAUUCUGAAACGUGAACUCGACAGGAGAAACAUCGACGGAAGGAGUUGCUUAAUGAAGGACAUUUGCGAGGCUGCCGCCACGCCAAUGAAGGACGAAGGGCUGGUUGGGGAAUUGUUGCAUCUACUUCUAACACCAGAUAACGAAGAUUCUUCGAUGAUGGACGAGGGAUACUUGAAGGCCAGCGCGAUAGGAAGAAGACACGGAAACUGUUCUAUGAUUUAUUCGGCGUGUCCCGCUGGCCUAGGAAUUUUAGAUCGAAUUUCCACCGUUUAUUAAUUAAGAUGCGGCAUCUUUCACUAUUAGGUUUCUCCGUUCCGUGGUUUAUUCCGUUUUCUCCACAUUUUCUUUCACGACCCAGUUACACGGUUCUCCCUCGCCUUACGUCACUCUUCCUUUACACCGGAAUAAAUCUCUCUCUACCUUAUGUUUCACGCUGUUAAGCUCGCGUCAAAUCCUAUAUACGCCCCUGCCAUGGCGAAAAAAGACUCGCUUCUUGAUAUCCCCUUGCAAGCUUUUUACUAAACGAAUGCAAAUGU